UUCAACAUCCUUCUUCAUGGCCUUGGUUCGAAAGCAAAGCUGCUUGAAAUGAUGAGACAGCAGCUUCUCAGUGAUUAUACAUGCAUCGUUGUUAAUGGAUUCUUUCCCAGCCUCACAUUAAAAUCUGUCAGUUUACUGAUUUUUAAAUUUUUUUUGGGUCAAGAAAAUUUUUCUGGAAAGAGGUUAGCUAACUGGUUGGUUGGUUGGUUUGCUAGCAAUCCUGAUGUAUUUAUACUGCUGAACAAUAUUGAUGGUACAUGCCUAAGAAAUGAGAAAAUACAGAACACAUUUAGUCUGCUGUGCACCAUUAAAGGCAUACACAUCAUUGCUACUAUUGACCAUAUAAAUGCGCCACUAUUGUGGGACCACAACAAGAUGAGCCAACUGAACUGGGUCUGGUUCGACUGUACAACAUUCGAGACAUACUCAAUGGAGACGUCUUACGAAAACUCCAUCCUAGUACAACAAUCCGGAGUGUUGGUGCUCAGUUCACUGACGCACGUUAUGAAAAGCCUCACACCAAAUGCCAGAGGAAUAUUUAUUCUAAUUUCCAAGUACCAACUCGAGGCUAAAAGUGAACACGGAUAUCAAGGCAUUGCGUUCCCUGAUCUCUACUUGAAGUGCAGAGAGGCCUUCCUGGUCAAUUCAGAACCCACUCUGAGGACCCAGCUCGUUGAAUUCAAAGAUCAUAAACUCAUCAAGACUAAAAAGGGUCUCGAUGGUGUGGAAUGUAUAGUAAUAGCCGUAGAAGACAACACGUUGGCAACAUUUGUGGAGCAACAAGACCAACAAUGAUCAAAAGGCAGCAAUAACGACGAACAUCGUUUUAAAAUUUCAUCAAUCAGCUUGUCAGUUGAAACGUAAUUAGCGAUAGUUUAAUGUCUAUAAUUUUUACUAUCAGUUUUUAUGUAAAUUUGUGUAUUUCAAAUUUUAUAGGUUUGUGUACAGUCAUUUGGUGACAUUUUUCAAUAAAGUUUUCAAAUCUCCAAUUGAAAUGAUCUUAACUUAUUAAUUUAUUAUAUGAAUGUUAACAUCAUGUCUGUCAUCUAUCUAAUAAUCAUAUCUUAUAUUGACUAUUAAUAUUUUAAAUAUGUAUAGUUUACAUAUUUCAAAUCUGUAAUCAUAUACCUCCGUCAGUAUUAUGUGUUGGAAUUGAAAUAUGGAAAACAUGUACUUUUAUAAAAAUUAAUACUGUUUCGU